AAACGCGGUUUGCGGUGUCGGCCACGGUGAGAACGGUUAUUGGUUAAUGGUAAAGCCUCUAUGUGAUUGACGGGAGAAUCGCAAGACCACGUACACACUGUGAGCGUAGAUUUCUGACAAUGACGUCAGGAGUCGGACAAAACAUUAGCUAGGUUUUGAUCGAGGGCCGAGUGUUCAUUGCAGUGAAACCGACAGAGGCCAUUUGAUGUGUGUAGAAUUUCGACCUGGAUAUCCACGUUCACUAAGUCCAUACACGGUCUGCCUCUAGCGUUUAUUGGCGAUGAUUUUCAAGGUGCUCGACGCCGAUGAAUUGACAGUCCUGUACGAGUCUUUAAAAUUCCAGCUGCCAGGUUCGUCCAAGAUAUUUUAUGUGGUUGACCGCAUGGUGAAGGGGAAAUGCCCUGGAUUUGAAAUCAUCACAGAUAACUGGCCAAAUUGGAAGUGUGUAAUAGGACGACCUCAGCCUGAUAAUGCAAAGGUUCCAGAGUUUCUAAAAUCAACAUACAUUUGUCACACAAAUAGCACAAAAGCUUUAAAGUACUUCAUACAAAGACCAGGUGUAAUCAACUGGAGCAAGCCGGGUAUUCUCUCAGGAAUUCCUUAUGAUCUCACAUGUACCCUGAAGGAAGUCAGCAAAAAAAAUGGCGGGAGUUUGUCCAAUCAGAACCAGUGUUUCAUGUAUGCAUGGCAACAGAAGGAUCCACCUCCUCCACCUGAAGUUCCAAAGAAACUGCACCUGGCAUGUUUGGAGCCAUCCCAGGCAAAAUACCUGAGUAAACAGUGGUACUCGUCAGGUCAGACAGAGCAGGAGAAACAAUCUCAGAAACUCAUGUCCAUGUUACUGGACAACUUUGAAAGUUCCUGCCUGAUGGACUCUGAUGGAGAGGUCCUGGCUUAUGCCUGGCUCCAGAACUAUGGAUCCAUGGGGGGACUUUUUGUGAAACCCGACCAUCGACGGAAAGGCUACGGCAUCAUGGUCAUGCAGGAUCUGACCCGCAAGGUCAUGAAGAAAGGUCACGUGCCAUACGUGUAUACAGUGACCAAUGAUACACCAGCGAUUAACAUGAUGCAGAAGUUAGGGUUCCGUUGGGUACCUAGUGGGGACACGACAUGGGUACAGCAUACACCCACAAGUAUGUUACUGCCCAAUGGGAAGCCUAAAGUAGAACUACCUCUUAUUUGAUGUAGAUGAAACACAGGAGCCAGCAGUACCCUUAGCUACUCCAGUUUGUGGCAGUGACAUCUUAGUAUAUAUGUGUGGUUCACCAUACAGUUUGACUCGCCACUUUCAAGACAACUUAUAUUGGUGAAACCAAUGUGACAGACAGAAAGUGGAUAUAAGAUUUUUGGUUAAAAGUAUGUGGGUUUAAAAAGAUAUCAAAUGGCUCCUGUGCUCAAUAUAACCGAUCCUUGUUCAUUGCACCCAUUGUCAUGAUCCAUCUUUCCUGACUUCUGUACAUAAUAGCAUUUUGUACCAUACAAUAAAAGCAGAAAAUCCAAGUAGUGCAAAAUUCCAGUUUUUCCAUGGAAAGAAAUACCAGUUUCAGCUUUGCACUCCAGGUUAUUCUCAAGGAUCAAUGAAUUCUGUACAGUUAAGCGUGAUGUAAAGUGACGUUGAAGGCAUACUUUGUGUUGAAUUGAGCUUUCUUUGAGAAAUUGGAAGCCAGUGAAGAUAGACCUCACCAUCACAUGUUAACCCAAUUUUCUCCUUGUAGUGAUGAUCGGAAUUGUCUUUUGAAGCAGCCUAGACAUUAGGCCUAGCUUACUCCCGGAUCUGAUUUAUGAACAAAAUUUGCUCAGUAACACCACUAUGUACAUUCAGAGAUAGAUACAAUAUUUGUUCACAUGACAUUCCUUGGGAAAUUUUAGGUACUUUAAACAUUACUUAAGCUCUCUCUCUCUUGACAUAGGAUAAGUACGCUGAAAAGCUGUAGACAGUUGUUCGUUGUAACAUAUUUUAGUUUCUUCAGAUGGAGGUUUUCAGAUUGAAUUUAACUUCUCUUACAGGUGUUUUUGCCUCGAAGAAUUUAUAUUAACUCCAUCCAAUCAACUCCGACACACACCCAUAUAAAAUGUCCUUCUCUAUGUCCUAGUUUAUUGAAACAAAUGAUUAGAUUUUAACCACAAUCGGCAGACAGGAAAUACAGAAAUUUGAUUUGAUGCAUUGUUCGCAUUUGUAUUUAUCUUUUUGUGUGUUUUUAUUGGCAGCAUAAUGUAACUGCAGAGCUGUGUGAAUCUGUAACAUUCUUUUGCUUAGUUUCAUGAUCAUUUUAGUGGGAUAAUAAGUGUACCCAUUAAAGUUGUAUCUCUGACAUUUGUUGGAAGGGGUUUGUAAGGUUAGGUUGGAAUGCCUUCACAAUUAUCUGUUGCUAUGGGGGAAAUGGGCAUUAGAAAAAGCGGUUUGGCGGUGUUCUGUUGGUUGAACUGGGUGGCGGUAGAUUUCUUGAGGGGAAAAUCGAGAGAGGUAAUCUCGUACACUGUUGACUUUAAUUGCAAGGUAAAAAAUGGUUGCAUCAUGAUUUUGUAUAUCACGUAGGUGCAGAAAUAGUAACAAAAGUAAAAAUGUAUUGGCUCUGCUCCAAGAUGACCGAUAUUUUCCUGUUCAGUCUUGAGCUUAAAAAGUCGCUGUUAUAACCUUAUGGGGACAAAAAAACAGUGGGACAUACCCUAAACACAUGGAUAACCACAGAACAUAAUCUGUAUCAUAUUACAUAAUAUACGUUAACCGAGAGUUAACCAGGAGUCGUGGGCAGAAUCCGGUCAGAAAUCAGUUCACAUCUCCCGGAGGUUAUGGGAAGAUUGCCAAACGAGAACUUAACGCUUACAUGACGUCCUAUCAUGAACGCUAAAGAUCAGUCUGACAUUUACUGUACACGUUCCUGUACAUAUGGAUGCUAAUACCCUUGUUUAUUUUACCUGUAGGAACUUCUGUUAUCCCAGCAUUUGAUUACAUUGUCCAUUAACUUCACCGACUGCCCUUUAAAUCAGUGAAAGGUAUUCCUUUUUUUUCUUUUACCCAUAAAAUGUUGUCAGAUGUGCCUUGUAAUAUGCCACAUUUGUUUUCCUGUUGUUUUCUUUUUGUAAUUCGCCUAACUCUAAAGUUUAUCACAGCUCCGCAAACUUUGCUUUUAGCAGGCGACUUCGUUAAAGAGCUACAGUUAAACAUAUGUUAAUGGUGUGGGAUGUUACCGAUAAAAAUAUACAUGUAUGACUCUGACCUGCCAUGACAUAGUAAUGAAAUAAGAGAACUUACGAGCGCUAUAAAUCAAUGGUUUUUGAUUUUGAUUUGGUUAAUGUUUAGUCCUGCCCAUUAAUUUAAGGAAAAUGCAUCUGUUGACUUGUAAUUUCAGUUUUAUUUUGACUAGAGUACACAAAUAUUGGACUAAAAUUCCCUGUAUACACAGUCUUGCUAAUUACAGUAGUUGUCUACAGUAGCCUAUUGUUAAUUGUGUGUACUAAUAGGCCAAAUCCUUACUGGUACGAUAUUAGUUAAGGUACACAUUCCUUCAAGACGAUACGUCCGCCGUGGCAAAAGUUUACAUGCAGGAAGCCGUUAUUUACAGGUUAUACGGACAUAUAUAGAGGGACGCUUAUACGAAAGGGGAUUGUAUGUUGAAACACCAUUUGUUUAAGUCAUCUGUCAUGUGACUGUCGGUUCUUUUCUGUGAUUUAUGACAUCUCUACACUGUUGCUGCGCAAUUUACCGAUAGAUAUUUACAGCAUAGCCUUUCACGUACAUAAAGUCUUGCAUUGAUAUGUAUAGGGAUCAUAUGUAUAUCUGCAUGUGUAAAUACUGUAAAUAAGACGUAUGGGAUGUGAUACUUUUGUACAUGAAAAUAAAGAUAUUUUUAAAAGCAAAAAA